AUGUCCGGUUUGCUAUCAAGUAAGAGUAAAAGUAAACGUCCUAAAUUUUUAUUUUUUUUACAAGUUAAUGAAUUAGUUAAUAUUCCACAAACUUCAGGGUAUUGUUACGUUAAGUGGAAUAUUAGAGAUGGUACAGGAAUAAAUAAAAAUUCAACUAUUGUUGGAGAUGAUAAACAAUAUAAAGUUUCAAAUCAAAGUAAAGGAAUGACCCCUAGAGUUAAAGUGACACAUCAUAGAGCUCAGUGGAAUUAUAAAUUAGAUAGACCUAUUCAAUUAAAAUUACAAGUAGAAAGAAAUAAAGAUCUACAUAGAAAGGAUCUAGUAUUAGACAUUUUUUUUGAAUUUAUUAGUGGCACAAGUAACACUAAUAAUAAUAAUAAUAAUAAUACCAAUACGAAUAAUGUGGUUCCACAGGAGAAAGUCUCUAAUAAGAUACAAUUAGGGAGAGUGGUAAUUAAUUUAUCAGAAUAUAUUAGAGAGGAUGAAAUGCCUAUUACAAACCGAUUUCUUUUGAAAAACUCAAAAGUCAAUUCUAUUAUUAACGUUACAAUACAGAUGAAGUUGAUACGUGGUGCUUAUUCGGAUUUUAAUAUGAUUCACAUGGGUAAUGGGAACUCUACCGUCUCUAGUAGGAAUGUAUCAGGCUCUGUAUCCAAAUCUCAAUUACAACCAUUAACUCUCUUAGAGACUCAAGGGACUUCUGAUUUUAGUGGCACAACACCAAGCUCUCCUCGUAAGAGUUCACAUUCUUAUACUGGAUUGUCUCCAGACGCACAAAAUGAUAUCAGUGGUAGUGGUGGCAGGCCCUCUACAAUGAAGUCGGGCCAAUCCUCAACCGCAAAGGGACUUUCAACCAUCUCCACAUCGAUGAACCCAUUAGUGGAUAGUCUCUAUGCAAAGACGUUCCAUUUACCUUGGGAUCCAAGACCUAAUGAGCUGAGUCCCAGAGAAUGUGUGGACGAUAUCGUGAAAGGAGGGGAUGGGUGGGCUAAGAAUGAAAAUGGAAUCAAUUUGAUUGAUUUACAAGCAUUAAGACUACAUGAAUUGGAAUUGGCUUAUUAUGCAUCACAUUCUGUGGACCCAACUGAUUAUUAUAAUGGGAAUAUGAUUAUUGAUCCUGGUAAUUCGAAUGCAAAUGCAACGUCCACUAAGAUGGAUAACCCAUCAGAGGAAUAUUGGGAUUCUAUGGAUAGAAGAGAAUUCAUGGAAAGAAGACAAGAAGUGAGAACUUCUUUAGCUAACGCAACCUCAACUCAAAAGAAACAUGGCAAAAGUAAGAACUCUUGUAUAGAUAAUGGUUGUGGAAAUGAUUCUAACAAUAAGGAUACUUCAACGACAAGAGAUACUCGGAGUUGGUCCAUUAGUCAUGUUAUGUCUUGA